CCAAUCGGCUACUACAUUAAAAUACCGAGCAUUUCCCCUCUGAGCAGCUCCCUUUACCUACCGAAUUCCACCACAUCCUUUCGAACGCAAAACCGCCACAAAUUACCACAUUCACAUCGAAACGAGCCUACAUCUCCCUCGAACGCAAUAUCUUUACAACUACGCUAUCCCCAAAACCCUCCACGAACAGCCAAUUCCAUCAUGACCUUUCCCAUCUUCAAGACAGCCAGUCCUACCCUACCAACCUCCCAGCCCGAACUCCAGCCUACUGCUCCAGCCGAUCCUCCAAUCCUCGGACGACGCCUGAGGCAAGCCUUCUCCAACGGCUAUAAACCCGCACACAUCCACGUUACAUCCCCGCCCUUCUACAUCUGCAUCUUCCUCACCAUUAUUGUCCCAGUAAUCUACCAAAUCAUCAUCCUCCACUGGUCCUUUACAAUCAUCUUCAUGCUCGCAAUCCAAAUCCUAGCGGACUGGCUUCAACGACGCCAUACCUCCCGAGCUAUAGCAAAAGGGAAAGAUGUGCUACCGCACUUUGGGAUGAAAUUGAGUUUCCUAGUCGUUUUCUUGGUUUGUCUGGGGGCGUUCCCUGUUUGGACCUCGAGGGGUGCAGAGCGAGAGAUUUGGCAGGCGAUGCUGUCGCACGCUUUGUCUACGGAGAGUGCGUGUGUUGUACAUUAUAAGCUUAUCUGGGACUUGUGGUAUAUUGAGGGAGGAUAUGAUGAGAGAACAGGUGGGUUGGUGAGGGGGACUGAAUCGGAAAUAAGUGACUGUUGCGUGGUAUCCAUACUUGCUAGAAGAUAG